AGUUGAGCGACGGCAGCGCUCGCGGAAGGACGUCUCGCGCUUGUUGUGUUCGGAAAACAUAAACAACAACAACGUGUUUAUUGACGUAAACAACACGCGGAAGUUUGGUGUCGGACUUUACUUCAGUUGCAGUUUUGAAGAUAAACAAUGGCAGCUCGACCAGCAACAACCGUUCCCCGCACAAAGAAACAGAACCAUGCAAACAUUCCAUGUCCUAUAGAAAACUGCGCACGAUUCACCUACGGCAAGCUGCCCGACCAUCUCACCAAGAUUCAUGGUCUCACUGGCGCUGAACGAGAUGCCCUCAACGAACAACAACGUAAACGAUUCUUCAACGGUGAACUAUGCCAAGUGCGAUACCUCAAAGAAUCAGCAAUCAGAGAUCUCUGGGGAUCAGACUAUGAAGAUCCCCGAAUUCGUGCUAAAAUACACCAAAGUUUUGCUCUAGUCAAGAUACGAAUUAUACCACUGGCAGCUACACAGCGAGCACGCCCUCUUACCGAACAAGAUGCAAAUGUUCUCACAGCUUAUAAUGCUAGAACUGCACCAAGACCCGCAAGAGUACAGAAAACGAGAACUCGACCACGGCCUUACCCAGCACCUGAGGCGAGUCCUGUUGAACGGAGAGCUUCUAGCGAGUCCAGCGAGGAAGAAAAUACUCAAAAUCCUUUACCACCAUCACCACCUCCGUCAUCACCAUCCCUUCCACCCUCACCAGCUCCUUACGAACUGCAACCAGUGGAAACUCGCUUACGAGACAUAUUUGAUUCAAAAGUCGAUGCUGGAUACAAAGCUGUGAUCGAUGACAUGAAGAAAUCAAUGACCAUGGGUAGGACGCUCGGAGCGAGGAAGCGCAAAGCCUACAGAACUUACCGACGGUACGCCAAAAGAUUGAUCGCCUUCCUUCACAGACAACAUUCACCACUAGCAUACGAUGUGGACGUACUUCUGUGUGGAGAAAGCCAAGUCUGCGCGUUCCUUGAACGAAUCAGCGCUGAACAUAAGACGAAAACUUUAAGGAAUUACAUCGUGGCUGCGAUCAAACUGCUGGAUUCCCGACUCUUUGCUAUCGAAACUGAUCCUUCUUGCAAGGAAAAGGUGGCUUCAAUGACCCGAGUGUAUGAUGUUCUUCACGGACGUCUAACAGAAUGUGACAGAUUGCUGGCACAAAAAGAAGCUUGUCAGAAGAAAUCUUCGCCGUCUUUCGAAAGUGUCAUGGAGCAUAGUUUUAAUGACUCAUACGAUGAGUUGGUUUAAAAAGUGGAGUUAAAUGACUGUAUUUUAUAAUUAUUCGGAACCCUGCUGCUAAUUCGUCCCGGCUUUCUUCGUAGUCCGCUAAGCGAAGUGUUUCUAGAACUCAUUGAUGUAAAUAAAACAGCACUUUGCAAAUGCAAUUAGAAGAAUAUGCAUUAAGAUAUUUAUGAACUUAAUUGUUUAAGAUAACAAGUUAUAUUGGAGUUUAAAAACCUUUGUAAAUACAAUUAACUACGUGUCUCAAGCAAUAAGCUUAUUAACCUGAAUGUAGUAGUUAGUUAACAUUAUUAUAUUUCUGUGGUAAUCAAUGAGAGUGAUACUUUCAUUAAUUGUGCAAUAAUUAUUAUGCCAAAUAUGACGUAUUAUAAUAAUUUAUGAAUUAUGUGUAUUUUUAAGUCACUCAAGUACUUUUCAUGUAAUGGAUGGAUCUCAUUAGACUUAUUUUCAUGUAAAUGUUAAACAUAAUAUUUUAUUGAUUGUGUAAAUAUUUCUCUGAUAGUUAAAUUAUUUCGA